AUGUAUGUGAUAUGUGUGAUUGGGAAUCUGCCAAUCAUCCUGGCCAUAUUUUCAAACACCCACCUGCACACACCCAUGUACUUCUUCCUAGUCAACCUGUCAUUUGUGGAUGUCAGCUUCACCUCCACCACUAUCCCGAAAACGCUGCUAAACAUUCAGACGCAGAGCCAAGUCAUAAGCUAUGCUGGCUGCAUCACACAGAUGUUCUUCUUCAUAAUCUUUGCAGAAUUAGAUGAUUUUCUUCUGGGCGUGAUGGCCUAUGACCGGUUUGUGGCCAUCUGUCACCCCCUACACUACAUGGUCAUCAUGAACUCCAAUUUCUGCAUGCAGCUCGUUCUAUUAUGCUGGACUAUCAGUGUCCUGUAUGGCUUGCUAAACAGCUUGCUGAUGCUGAGACUGAGCUUCUGCUCACACAUGGAAAUCCAACACUUUUUCUGUGAGUUGAAUCAGGUGGUCCAACUUGCCUGUUCUGACACCUUUCUCAAUGACAUCAUAAUGUACUUUGCAGUUGUGCUUUUUGGGGGUGGUUCCUUGGCUGGGAUCCUGUACUCUUACUCUAAGAUUGCCUCCUCAAUCCGUGCCAUCUCAUCAGCUCAUGGCAAUUAUAAAGCCUUUUCCACCUGUGCCUCUCAUCUCUUGACCAUUUUCCUGUUUUAUGGCACAAUCAUAGGUGUUUACUUCAGUGCCAGCACUGUCCCAAAUUCUGCCUCAACUGCAGCAGCCUCAGUGAUGUGCACUGUGGUCAUUCCCAUGCUGAACCCCUUCAUCUACAGCCUGAGGAACACAGACAUGAAGAAGGCUUUGAAAAGACUGUUUUUCCCUAAUGCAUAG